UCCUGGCUCCUGGCUCCUCCUGGGCUCGGCGGCGGUGGGAAGGCGCAGGCGCGGUUGGCGGCCGGCAGAGCGCAGAGUAGUGGCGCGGGGCGCGCGUGAAUCAUCAUCCAAGGACCUACCAGAGACCACAAGAAAACAUGGGGAGAAUUUUCCUCACAGGAGAAAAAGCCAAUUCAGUAUUAAAACGCUACCCAAGAGCUAAUGGACUUUUUGAAGAGAUAAGGCAGGGCAAUAUUGAACGUGAAUGCAAAGAAGAAGUCUGCACAUUUGAAGAAGCAAGAGAAGCUUUUGAAAAUAAUGAAAAAACUAAGGAGUUUUGGAACACUUACACAAAAGCACAACAAGGAGAGAGUAACAGAGGAAGUGACUGGUUUCAGUUUUACCUUACCUUUCCAUUAAUCUUUGGCCUCUUCAUUAUCCUCCUUGUCAUUUUCCUCAUCUGGAGAUGCUUCCUAAGAAACAAAACUCGCAGACAGACGGUGACUGAAGGCCAUAUUCCUUUCCCUCAGCACCUCAAUAUUAUCACUCCGCCUCCCCCACCAGAUGAAGUCUUUGAUAGCAGCGGAUUGUCGCCAGGCUUUCUGGAAUAUGUAGUUGGGCGCUCAGAUUCCGUCUCCACUCGCCUGUCCAACUGCGAUCCCCCACCGACCUACGAGGAAGCCACUGGUCAGGUGAACCUGCGGAGGAGUGAAACAGAACCUCAUUUAGAUCCACCCCCGGAGUAUGAGGACAUCAUCAACUCCAACUCAGCCAGUGCCAUUGCUAUGGUGCCUGUGGUCACCACCAUCAAAUGAAACUGCACACUUCUUUUUAUUAUAAUCAUUUUUAAAAUACUAAUGAAAGAACUUUCUAGCACUUUACCACUACAUAAAUGUGCAUUUGACUUAUUGGAUUCUGACAGCAUACCACUUCACAUCCUCUGAUUUGAUUUUCAUUAGUUUUGUUUCCUACUAUAAAUUCAUUAUCUAUGCUCAUUUUUGCUAAUGGAAAUAUGUUGAGGGAAAAAUACUAGUGGAGGUCUUCAUGUGAGGAGAUGUACAUGUGUGUACGCAUAUAUGUUUAUGUAUAUAUGUACAUGCACAUAUAUGUGUUUGUACAUCAGCCCAGUAUAUGGGCAACUGUCUUAAAAAGUCAUUAACAUCUAUCUAAAUCACCUGUAAAGUUAGAACAUUACUCACCAAAAUCGGGGUAGGGGAGAAGGCACCAACAAGUUGUGUAACAGGUAGCAACAUGCUGUUGAAUUUUGAAAAUAAGAUGAACUUAGCAUGUUUUCUAAUUCUUACAGGCUUUUGUUAACCUUCUUCAACUACCUUAAAAGGAAAAAAAAAAUGCAUGUAGUCAAUCUUGACUUUAGGAACAUCUCAGAAGGCGACAGAGAAGGAAGGUACAAUAAAUAAUACCUUGCUUAUUAACAGUGGACAGCAAGAAAAUCAUGGGUCCUUAGUGGCAUUGGGCUAGUUUUGUAGGAGGGAUUUUUGUUGCUGUUUGUUAUUGACUGCCUCCCCCACAAAAAUUAAACAGUAUUUGCGGGCUUCCCUGGUGGCGCAGUGGUUGAGAAUCUGCUUGCCAAUGCAGGGCACACGGGUUCGAGCCCUGGUCUGGGAAGAUCCCACAUGCCACGGAGCAACUAGGCCCGUGAGCCACAAUUACUGAGCCUGCGCGUCUGGAGCCUGUGCCCCGCAACGGGAGGGGCCGCGAUGGUGAGAGGCCCGCGCACCGCGAUGAAGAGUGGCCCCCGCUUGCCACAACUAGAGAAAGCCCUCGCAGAGAAACGAAGACCCAACACAGCCAAAAAUAAAUAAAUAAACAAAGUAAAACAAUGCCUUAAAAAAAAAAAAAUUCUAAAAAAAAAAAAAACAGUAUUUGCUCAGUAUCUUUGCAUGUCUCAUGCUAUUUGUAUUAACAUCUUGAUGGAGUGGAUUUCCUGGCAAAAGAAUAAUUUCUCAAGUAGAUACACGUAUUAAUGACAGGGAACAGAUGCAGAUUUCUCCUUUGCCCAUUGGCGACAGUAUUUUUUUCUCGUUGUUUCAUUGCCCUUUACUCUACCUUACUCUCCUUCUCCUACCACCACAGAAUCUUCAAGCACCUAAGAAUUUAGUUAAAAUUCCUGAAAUUAUUUUCUUAAUGUUUUUAUAUAGAGUGAAGCCUUUGUCUCAAGAUGUUUAGGAGGCAAUUUUCCAUUAAAUUAAGAGCUGUGAUUUUUAUAUUGUUCUCCAGUUGGUGGAGGAAGAUUGCAAAGUCUGUGCUGUGCCAGGUGCACAAUAAAUCUAGUGAUACCUGCACACAGACCUCAUUCAUUGUUGCUAUUUCAUUUUGUAUUUUCAUCAGAUUUUUUUUUUAACUGCAGGAUUUUUACUUUUCCCUUGGAGCAGGGGGAACAGGCUGUGAAUGAACUGCCAACAUAAACUGGCUCAGAAAGGAAAAAUAAAACUUAUACAUGCACUGAUGGAAAAUUCAUUAUAUCGGUCAGGGAAAUGUCUGUGCCACUCCCAUGACUGCGUAGUGUUGGAUAAAAUGGUUGAGCAGGCAGAAGGAAUGCAGGUUUCGGAAGUGUCAUACCCUGCUGCCUCCAUCUCCAGCCCACCCAGACUCCCCCAAACCAAAGGAAGGAGGACCCUGAACUAAGGAGUCAGAUGACCUGAAUUCGAAUUCCGCUCUGCCAUACACUUGCCAGGCUAACUUGGCAAAGACCCACAUCUGACCCUCAAAUUCCUCCCCUCUGAAACAGCAAUAGUAUGGUGUGCCCUGCCUUUCUCCUGGGGCUUUAAAAGUAUCUAAUGAGAUGGUGUGCAUGAAAGUCAUUUGUAAGACGUGAAGAGCUCUCUAGGUGAAAGGUCAUAGCAUUGUCCCCAUUGCUCCUGUGAAGGGAGAAUUUUCUCCCCGUUUCCCUAAAAUGUAUGUGUUUUCACAUAGUGAGGAAGUAGAGUAGGCGGCUCCGUAAAUGGCUAACGUGCUCCUAAUCUGAGUCUGUGGGCUCUUAGUUAAACACCUGUCAUUCUCUGGUCUCUACCAAUGCUGGGCCUACUUAAUGACGACUGCCAGCUCAGCACAAACAGGAUUAAGCAAAUGUUGGAAAGGGAACUAAGAUGUCUAUGUUUAGAUAAUAGGUUUUAUAGCUUUCAUGGACUAAAAAUGAAUAAAUCUUGAACCUGGUCUCAGCAGAAAUGACAAUAUUAUUUUGAAUUUGGUCAUGAGUACAUGGUGAUCUGUGGCUUCUAUUUAAAGCUGAGAGUGGGAGUGUUUGAGCCAGUGAUUUGUGUGCAUGUGUGUAGGUAUGUAUUUUGGUUUAUUUUUAAAGCAAAAGUAAGGCUCCUUUUGUGUGGACUUCUUUUUUGUCAUUAAUAACAGGCCUUAGAUUAAACCAGCAGUUUUCAAAGUGUGGCCAAUGAACCCCUGGGUGUCCUUGAGACACCUUUGAGGGGAUCUGUGGGAUCAAAAGUAUUCUCAUAAUAAUAACCAAGACAUUAAUUGUCUUUCCACUCUCUCUCUCUCAAAAAGUAGUUAAAAAUGUAAAAGCCAUCUUCCCAUGAAUUUUUUUUUGUUUUAGAAAAUAUAACUAUUUUCUUUAAAGUGUUAUUUAUGUUAGCAUGUAAUGGACUUUUUACUUUUUAAAUGAAUAAAUACUUAAAAAUUUUUUGUUUUACUUUCAUAGAUGGCAAAUACUGGUAGAUAUAAACUCCAUAAACAAAAGCUCUUUGGUGUCCGGAUCCCCAACAAAUGUUGAGUAUAAAAGGGUUUGGAGACCAAAAGUUUGAGAAUUACAGGAUUAGACAAAGAAGCAGGAUGUUCUAUUACUAAGUAUGUAUUCUUGCAAUUUUAUUUUACAUUCUAAACUCCUGGUAUUGGACUUAAUGCUGCCUCUUAGAGAUACCCGAAUUUCAGUAUAAGAAUGAAUGUUGAUCCUUGAAGGAAAAGCCAAAUGAUUAAACUGAUCAAUGACUACAGCUUUUUAGACUGUUGGUCACAGACCACACUACUCCACAGUGAUAACUGGCAUCAGCCACAGGUCUCCUGGCAGCAUUCAGGUGAUAAUGACAAGAUAAGUAAAUUUUUAAGAUAAACAGAAUAAAUACUUUCUUCAAGAAACAGUCUCUUCGGUUACUUUGUUUUGUUUGCUAUUGGUUUGGGUUUGACAUUUUUAGAAACCCUUUUGCUACCCCAUCUGGUUUUAUAAACUGCGUUUCUUAACAUUUGUUAUAAUUAAAGGGGCUUAUCUGGAAUAACAUUUUUUAUGCUUUGGCCUUUCUUACCUGACUAUUACAUUCACCUUUGAUUAUUUUUAAUAAAGGUUUAUUUUUACAGAUAUAUUUAGUACUUUCCUUAAGCAGUAACUAAACUGAAUCAACCAAUGUGCAUUUAAAUGAAAGAAUGGGCUUCCGGGUCUUCCAGUGGACCCGUUUCCAGGCCUCCACAUGUACUGCUUGUGUCUGGAAUUCUAGAACUGGCACUUUUCUGCCUCCCUGCUUUGAAUGUUACAAUGAACUGUAUCUGUUUAAAGUAAAUUAAAUGAUUUCUUGUUUUCCUAUUGACCAGUACAAAUACAGAUGCUGUGUUUGAUUCAUUGUUACUGAUGACUUCAAGAUUGAUGAUCUGAUAGGAUUAACUGUGGAGGUAGCUUUAACUUGGUUCUGUGUAAAUAGCAUGUAUUUUAUAAUAUUACACAUUUUUAAACACUUGGUUUACAUUAAAUUAUGGUAUUUAACUAUUUUUAUGUUUAUUCUAGGUAAGGUUUUUCUUAUGUUUCUGUGUUUUUG